CGUAAAGUACUAAAACAUCAAAAUGAAAAUAUUCUUAACUAUAUUGUUACUAACAAUAAUUACAACAAAAACUUUAAGUUCUCCCAUUUUUAUUAAUAAAAAUGCCAAUAAUAAUAACGAUAUUGCAGAGCUUUUUAAUAAUUGGCAAAGUCAGGAACAGGCAACAUCCUUUUGUAAUGGUAUAACAACUUUUAUAAGUAACAGUUCAAAGGAAUUUAUAAAACUAUUGGAAAAUAUGACAAAUAGUUUUAAUAAUAUGUUGGGCUUAAAUAGUUUGAUACCGGAAAGUAAUAUUAAGAAAACCAGUGCAGCUCCUCCAAAAACUACUAAAUCUACUACAAGAGCAGCCGCAACUACUACUACUACUUCAAAGACAACUGUUGAAAUCGUAGAUAAUAGUGAAAAGACCACGAUUGAUUGAAUUUUGCGCUAAUAUUAUUUAAAUCUUAUUCAUUAACACUUUAAGCUUAUAUUGAAAAAAGAGUUUUACAGAUGAUUAAAUUAAAUUAUAUAUAAAAUUAAAUAAAAUAUAAUUUA